UUGUGUCGUCAGGUUUAAAAAAAUAUGUGCUGAAUGUAAAGGUCCGAGGACUGUUUUAUCCGCUCCAGUGUUUACUACGACUCCGACUCCUGUGAAAUUCCUGCCGUGGUGGUCACAUACAGUGUUGGCUGCUCGUACCUGAAAUCUGACCUGCGGUGUCACACCACUCCUUUCUGUGUCCCUAAAUACAUUCAGAUGGGGGGGAUGCACUUGCCUUCAGAAAGAACUGCGCAGAAGUCGUGAGGACUUGAAAGUGUGAGGCAAAUUCUCAUGAAGAUAUUUGCUAUGAUGAAUCUCCUCCCUCCCACUUCCUGCCUCGUUCUGUCCCUCUGUUAUGUUAAGUAUCAGGCCUGUGUUCUGUCUGCCACUCUCUGCUCCUUGGGUUUCAAUUCCAAACAUGGUUAUCCUUCUAGGGCUCUAUCUCAGCCCCCUCCUUCCUGUCCCUGAGCCCUGUCCAGCUGUUGGCCCUUCAGUGCUGGCCGGCGUGAGAGGGGACAGCAGAGAGGACAUGCAGUGAGAGGAAAAGUCCUCUCUGACUUCAUGACAACGCCAAACUCUUUGCUUCUUGGCAGUUUUUUGGGAACAAAGAUUCUCCCAAAUCCUUGAGCUACUUGUAUUUGGUCCAAAUUGCUUCGUUGGAACCAUUGGAUUUAAAAGGCUGUUUUUAUUCUCUCAAAAGGCUUCAGAGGAUUUGCCAAAAUGAGCGCAGAGAACUCGACUAUGUUUGACAACUUGCUCUCCAGUCCUGUCUGCGAUGGCUGGACCAACAACACGGAAGGGGCCAUCUAUCAAUUGGGCAACUCGAUCUUGUUCCUGGGCUACAUGGGGGGCAGUGGGGCCUAUGGCUGCCUCUUCAUUUUUGGCUUUCUUGCCCCAUCCUUCCUGUGUUUGGCCAUGUGGGGCUGGCUGACGAUGUGCGGUCUGGACGUGGUCACCUGGAACUUGCUGCUGUUGGUGGUUUGUUUGCUUCAGAUCUGCCACCUUCUGUACCGGCUCCACCAAGAGGGGCUACCGAGCGAGGAGCUGACGUCCCUCUACCAGGCGGUUUACCUCCCACUAGGCGUGCCAGUGCAUGUCUUCAAGGAGAUUGCAGGUGCUUUUGAGAACAAGGUGGUGGAGAUGAAGGCCGGGGAGACGUAUGCAGUGGAGGGCAAGACCCCAAUCGACCAGCUCUCCUUUCUGCUGUCUGGGAGGAUCAACGUGUCUUUGGAGGGUCAGUUCCUGCACUACAUCCACCGCCAUCAGUUCCUGGACUCUCCAGAGUGGGAGUCUCUCAGGCCCAACGAGGAGGGAAAGUUUCAGGUGACACUGACUGCAGAAGAAGACUCGCGUUAUGUCUCAUGGCGGAGGCGCCGUCUCUUCAUGCUCAUGUCAAAAGAGCGCUACAUCGCCCGUCUGUUCUCCGUCAUGCUGGGCUACGACAUCGCUGAGAAGCUCUACAAUCUCAACAACAAGCUCUACAUCAAGAGCGGGAUCCUGCUCGACAUCCGUCUACCUAGCUUGUACCACGUGCUGGCGCCUCCAUCGCAGGGCAGCGAGGGGGGCAAUGACGGCUUCAUCGCCAAGGACCCCCAACAACAGUACAAAGAUGACCAAGCCCCAGCCUACGAGACCAUCAACCCGGACCAGCACCCUCCUUUCCAGCCUUACCAGCAGGGACCAAGAAAGACCUCCGCGGACAACACCGACGUGCCUUCGUAUGAACCCUACCGCUCACCUCGACUGUCAGACCCGGAGCUGCCCUCUGGUGAGGACUCUACCAGCCUGGUCCUGGAGGACUUUGCUGAUGUGGCUGGCUCUCUAAUGGAUUAUGGCACUGAGAUGAGCUAUUUGAGGUAGAGGGGCAGGGGGCUGGAGCUAACACACAGGGUCACCACUUAAGCUACAUGAGGGGGCAGUGAGGAAAACCUGGCACCCCGAUUCAAGAGAGGCCGAGCGCCUCUGGCCCCCACAGACACUCCCAAACUGUGAAAACUGCUGCUCCUGGAAAUGUCAUUUACUUUAUCAGUACGAAGGCGUUACUUGACACCUGUAAUGUCUCGGUCACCUCCUCACUCUCCAUGUUGCUUUCACAUCACUCUCUUAGUCAAGAAAAGAAAUGAGAGCCAACAGUCUGAUACUAUGAUUUACACUUUUGUUUGUAUGAUAUUGUAUUACAUUUAAAAAAAAAAUUAUAUCAUAGCAAUGAAGAGCCAUGUUGAGCUUGAAUUUCUUUCUAUUGGAUCCACAUGUGCACUCAUUUUGAGGAAAGACAAAUUGUGGGACAUAUUUUCAUUGAUAUUUUGGACAGUAUAGGCAUUCACAUCCCCAAACAGAAACAGACCUCUUGUUCCAAAUGGUACGUAAGUGUCACGUCAUGAGGUUGCUCCAUUUGUAAUAAUUAUUGUCAUUUUAAUAGUAAUAAUAAACAGGUGUGAGAACAAGAUUUGCAGUUUUGGCAGAGUUGUUCAAGAGACCAAUCUUCCCAGACAGGACAAAUACACAAUCCUGCUACCAACUUGAAAUUCAUCAUCUAUUCUAUUGAAAGACCACAGUGCUCCAAUGGGGUCCAAUGCCAUCGUAAAAAGCCACCCCCAAAUUAAUAUUUGGAGCUGAAAAAAUGCAGUCCAUGCCUCAAAAGGGGUACAAUACUAGAGAAGAGGUCAUAAUGUUGCAUCUCACAGGGGUAAACAAGCACCAGCAAAAGUAGUAGAUUAUAGUAGUAUAAUAGUCGUGUUUGCGUUUUGGUUUGUCACAAAAGCAAUCGAGUGCCACACCAAGCUCCCUUUUUGUAAUUAUUUGUGCAAAUAUGUUCAUUAAUUUCUUUAGAAAUAGAUCUUUCAUGGGGCCAAGUUUCCUCCAAAGUGUCCAGUGAAAGUGAAGCAUGCUUCUUUUUCCUGCUCCAUUCAAGAGAGCACACUGACUCGUGCCAAACGCAUGGUGAACUUGGAAUAAACGUGGUGUAGUAUG